CCGCGCUAUUUAGUGAUCCACCAUUGCUUUAUUAUAACGCCAGUACGAUACUUGUUCUGAAAAGCAUCGAUGGAUAUGCAAUUUUCUCUUCAGUUGAACACUGUAAACGUCAAAAAAGUUAGCGAAUAGCGAAACUCGAAAGGCAAACCAGACGUCCAGUCAGACAGAUUUUUGUUUACCUUUUAACGCACCAACCAUUUGUUACACAUAGAUUGGUUACAAAGAAUAACAAUAUGCUUAAGGGUAUGGUAAGUUUGGUUACCGGAGGAGCAUCAGGGCUUGGAAAGGCGACCGUGGAAAGGUUGAUUAAAAACGGUGGGAAAGUCGUGAUACUUGACAUUCAGGCUACGAGAGCACGAGAAGUAGCUACACGUAUCGGUGGCGAUGUUCUCGUCUCACCCGGCUGUGUUACUUCAGAAGAUGAUGUAAAAAGAGCAUUAGAAAUUACAAAGGAUAAGUUUGGUAGAUUGGAUACAUUGGUAAACUGUGCGGGGCAUGCAGAGGCUCAUCAAGUUUAUAAUUUUAAGAAAAAUUUAGAAUGUACUCUUGAGAGUUUUGUAAAGUGCGUAAAUGUAAACACAAUAGGUACAUUUAACACAAUAAGAUUGGCGUCAGGUUUGAUAGGCAAAAACAAACCUAAUGAUGAUGGGCAGAGGGGUGUUAUUGUCAACACAGCUGCUACCACAGCCUAUGAGGGUGACAUAGGUCAAGCUGCGUAUGCUGCUUCUAAAGCUGCUGUUAUAGGGAUGACUUUACCUAUAGCUAGAGAUUUGGCUUCACAAGGCAUUAGAGUUGUCACAGUAGCGCCAGGUAUUUUCGAUACACAAUUAGUAUCAUCCUUACCAGAGAAAAUGUUGGAAUUUAUCAAGAGGAUGACACCUUUUCCUUCAAGAUUAGGUAAACCCGAAGAGUUUGCACUCCUUGUUACUAGUAUAAUUGAAAAUCCCAUGUUAAAUGGUGAAGUAAUAAGACUUGAUGGAGGUAAUCGUUGGUUUCCUCUAUGAAAAUGUUAUUAUUAAUUUAUGACUGUUAAACAGUUAUUACUUGUACAAAUAUAUUUUUAGGCUUA